UGACCAGUCUGGCCUAGUGGGUAGUGACUAGUGUGCUAUGAAGCCGAUGGUCCUGGGUUCGAAUCCCGGUAAGGGCAUUUAUUUGUGUGAUGAAUACCAGUGUAGGCCAAACGUUAAUUAGAAUUGAAAAUAUUGAAAAUUAACCAUUACUAAUUGAACUGCAAACUGUAACCUUCCGUUGCGGUUUACGGCUAACGUUUUGAUUUUUGCCGCGCAAUAUACAGUUUCUUAAUUUUUUUAUAUUUUUAUUUAAUAAGCAAGCAGGCGGUACACUGAAAAAAAUAGAUAGCCGAACUGGUUUUGUAACUUUACUAAAUAACUAAACUACGGUUAUAAGAAAAUAAACUUUGCAUAAAUUUACAAACUUAUUUUGUAGUGUAUACCCAGUACCUGAACACUGAUAGCCAAACACGGUUUUGUAACAUAUAACACAUAGUUCGCAAGUCCCAAUUUUUGUGUAAACAGUAACCAAAAUUUUGUUACAGUUAUGCAAACAUUUCUUUCAGAGUAAUGACAACUGAUAUGACCUGUAUCCAGUAUUCAUAAAGAUAGUUAUCAUGAAGGAGUAGUAGAUAUAAUAUGCUUGUCUAAUUUAUUUUGAAUCUGGUUCACAUUUUGUGCUGAAACCAAAUCUUCUGGGAGUUUGUUCCAAGCCCUCACAACUCGAUUGCUGAAAAAUUCGCUUUCCCCUACCUUGUGUAGGCAUGUAACACGAACAGGGAAAUUUAAAUACUUAAAUACUUGUAAUAAAAGAUUACAAACAGACAAAGACAUGCGGUCUUAUUGUUUUAUUCGUAUUCAAAUUUAUAUGAAUCAUUUGCUUCAGUCAUUACGUCCUGGCCAAUAACGUGUUAAGUGGUUAAGGAAAAUGUAUCAUGAAGCUUCGUAAGCGUCAGUUGCCGCUCCGGUGGCGGAUUGUGGAAAGGAAGCUAGUCAAACACGCAGAAAUUCAAUUAAGCAUUGAACUAUUCAGUUUAUUGAUUUAUUUUAAUAUUUUCAACAGGUAAACUUACACAAUGAUGGCCAACAGGGAGACUGGAAUAGUAAAUGAAGCAUUGGAAAUUCAAGAAGAUGACAACAUUAAUAUUAACUAUAACAACAAUAUAGCUGAUUGUGUGGAUGAAAAUAAUGCUGAACUUGAGAAUAUAAGUGAUAAUAACGAUAAACUAAAUGAUAAAAUCCUUGAUGAUGAAGAAAAGUUACAAAUUGAGGAAAACGUCAAUAAUAAACGGACCGUCAAUGACGACAAUUACAGCGCAGAAAGUAGUAAUAUAAAUGCAGAAAAUGUAAGAAGUUUUAAUGAUAAUGGGAGUGAUGAAAAUUAUUUUGAAAUAGACGAUGGUAACUUAAGAAAAUUGAAGAAGUUUUCUGGUGUUUUUAUAAGUUUACGUAAGAAAACUAAGAAAAAAGUGUGGAACAGACGAUCGUUUCGAGAAUACAAUCUGGAAAACGAAAGCAUAGAGCGUGAACCCGAGCUGACGCGGAGCCAGUAUUCGCUCGUGUCGCAGGAUCUCACGGCGGGUGCACUGCAGCUGUGGCUCGGGUUACCAGAGGAGGUGAAAUACGACCCGGCGCUCGCUGCCUUCAGACAGUUCUAUGAGAAGGAGACGGCUCAAGAAUCCCUCCCCCUCCGCCCUCGAAAAUCAUCAGCACCGAAGGUCAAGCGGCUUCCAGCCGUCAACUCAGCACCCCACCUCAACAAUAAUGAAAGGAUCUCCGUCGAUCCACAAGUGGAGAAUGGAUCCGUGUACUUUACGCAAGACAGCAAACCCCCUGUGGAAUCCACGGAGACAAACAAUCACUUACUACAAGGACAGAAGAAACCUUCAAAGUGGGACAAAGCUCGGAGCUACACCAAGAUGACACUCCUGGUGGGUUGCUGGGUGUUCUUCACCGUCGUAUUCUGCCUCUUCAAUGAGAAGGAGGUCAUCGCCAGGAACUGUGUGCUUAUUCCUGGACAGAUCAAAGAUUACAUACUCGAGAUCCCGAAGAGCCACCUAACACUAUUAGUGAGCGUAUCAGGACCGUUCCUGACCGAGCAGCAGGAACAGAAUAUGAACCUUACGGAGAAGAACUCAAGGUCCAAAGUCGAUGUGUGGGUGGAGCGAUGGGCUGUAGGAGAUGCGGACGAAGUUAAAGAAUUAGAUAUUAUUGAAAGAGAGAAUUUCACCCGACCUCACUCAUUCGUCUUUCUGGACACGAACGAAUUGGAAUUCAGUGAAGCCACGCCGCGGUCGGCUAAGUUCGAGCACCAUUCGAAUUUGAACUCAACGGCCAUUUAUGUUAUCAGAAUGUUGUCAGACUCGGCGGUGGCGACUCCGUUAUCGUUAAGUUACCAGGACGGCCCGAUAGAUGUCGCCGACGGCGUCACUUACGCGUGUCUGCUUUUGGUCAUGCUGUAUGCUUUGAUCAUAUUUGAGCUAAUAAACCGCACUUUAGCAGCAAUAUUGGUGUCGACGUUGUCACUGGCAGUCCUGUCGUUGGUGGGUGAACGACCCUCAGUAGAGCAGUUGGUGUCGUGGCUGGACGUGGAAACUCUACUGCUGCUGCUCAGCAUGAUGCUGCUCGUAGCUAUCAUGGCAGAAACUGGCAUGUUUGACUUUCUGGCCGUCUUCACUUUUCAGGUGACGAAGGGCAAGAUGUGGCCGCUGAUCAACGUUUUGUGUGCUAUCACAGCCGUGCUCUCUACUUUCCUGGACAACGUCACAACCGUGCUGCUCAUAACGCCAGUCACCAUCAAACUGUGCGAGGUUAUGGAGAUGCACCCGAUUCCUGUUCUGACAGCUAUGGUGCUGUACAGCAAUAUCGGUGGAACAGCCACGCCGGUUGGCGACCCGCCCAACGUGAUCAUAGCUUCCAACCAGGUCGUCAUGCAGUCGGGCAUCAACUUCGCAAACUUCACACUACACAUGACGCUAGGAAUCAUGCUGGUGUGUCUGCAAACCUACUUUCAAUUGCGGUUCAUGUAUCGGGACGUGAGCAAGCUGCGACCGAGCGAGCCACGGGAGAUACAAGAUCUGAGGAGACAACUAAACGUCUGGCGUCGAGCAGCAGACUCGCUUCCUCACAUGAGCAAGGAUGAGUUAGUCGUAAAGGAGCGGCUAGAACGUAAGGUCCAAAAGAUCAGCUCGCAGUUGGCCGUCGCGCUAAAGGAGAGCAAUAAGCGCGCCUGCCCCAAAGACACCUUCCAAAGGACUCUGUCCGAGCUCAAGGAAAAGCACAAGAUCCGGGAUAAAAAGCUGCUGAUAAAGUCAUGCGUGGCCAUCGGAUUUGUGGUCAUCAUGUUCUUUCUCCACGCUUUUCCUGAAUUCAAUCGCGUGUCGCUCGGCUGGACAGCGUUACUCGGCGCCAUCUUGCUCCUGAUCCUGGCUGACAGGGAAGACAUAGAAUCCAUCCUGCACAGGGUGGAGUGGUCUACGUUACUGUUCUUCGCGGCUCUCUUUGUACUUAUGGAGGCAUUGACCAAGCUUGGUCUGAUCAACUACAUCGGCGGGCUGACUGAAGCUCUCAUCAUGAGGGUCCACGAAACUCAUCGGCUGGCGGUCGCUCUGCUCCUCAUACUCUGGAUAUCAGGCUUAACAUCAGCGUUCGUAGACAACAUCCCGCUGACAACGAUGAUGGUGCGCGUGGUGACGUCACUGGGCACCAACCCCGCGCUGGCGCUGCCGCUGGCGCCGCUCAUCUGGGCGCUGUCGUUCGGAGCCUGCCUGGGAGGUAACGGCACAUUAAUCGGUGCAAGCGCAAACGUGGUGUGCGCGGGAGUGGCGGAGCAGCACGGCUACAAGUUCACCUUCGUGCAGUUCUUUAAAGUCGGCUUCCCCAUCAUGAUUGGGCAUUUGAUCGUUGCCAGCGGGUACCUGAUCGUAUGCCAUUGUCUUCUUACGUGGCACUGAAGCCUUAGGUACGGCGCUUCGGAAAUUAAAACCCAGUACACGAAGCACUGGAUCCUUGAAGAUCUACAUUAAAUUUGAAGAUUGGAUAUUUUUUGGUGUGCGCGGGAGUGGCAGGGCAGAACGGAUAGUACAGCUACAACACAUUCGUGCAGUUCUUUAAAGUCGGCUUCCCCAUCAUGAUUGGGCAUUUGAUCGUUGCCAGCGGGUACCUGAUCGUAUGCCAUUGUCUUCUUACGUGGCACUGAAGUUUCGGUCCGGCUUCGGAAAUUCGACUUGAAUCUGUUCUUUUAAAGUUACAUCGGGGCUUAAGAGGAAAGGAUAGCUUUUUGAAUCUAGCCAAGUAACGGUAAUUUUUCUAUGAAAUUCUUCUUCUUAUGAAAAUCUUAACGAAUCACUGUGAUUUUGAUGUCGAUAGUUUCAGGAUAAUAUAAUCUAGGUUUAUAGGUUUCACUUUUAUGAAAAAUAAAAAAAAAUGUUUUGUGUUUAUUGUUUUGCAAAUUUAGAAAAAAAAAUUAUUACCUAGUUUUUAAUUGUAUUAAUAACAUACAAAUAAAUCUUGUAGAAUGGAAAAAAAAGAAGUGGAAAAACGUUUUCUCUUUUUGUAUUGAUAAUCAGGUGCUAUACUUUCCUCUUAAGAGGUUUUACUUCAUAAUAUGAAGAUUAAUCAUGAUCAAAUUUACCUUGGAAGAUUUAACAACCGGAGUGGCCUUUAAGAGCUUAUCCCUCUGUCGAAAACCUCUGCCAAUGGUCAUAAGCAGACAUAGGAACCCGUGGGGCAAAGUUGUUUGACAAAUAGGGAGUUCCUGUAUCGAUAAACUCGACUAUUGAUGCUAGUUCUGUAGUGAUUACUCAAGGGUUUGCUUGUAAAAAUGUUUUUUUUUUUUUUUAUACUACGUCGGUGGCAAACAAGCAUACGGCCUGCCUGAUGGUAAGCAGUCUCCGUAGCCUAUGUACACCUGCAACUCCAGAGGAGUUACAUGCGCGUUGCCGACCCUAACCCCACCCCCCUCGUUAAAGGUAAAAAAUAAUAAUUAAAUAAUAACUCAAUGUACUCUUGUUCGUUUUUAAGACAAGACAAGACAAUUUUAUAAUUUUACCCCUUAAUUUUAAACGCUUAAUACCCGAAAAUAUGGAACAAAUUUUGGUCGUUUACUUUAACAAUAGUAAAUGGGACAUCCACGAAGAAAUAAAUUGGGAUGAGUAUAAUUACAAAAUUGUCUUGACUUGUCUUAAAAACGAAGAAGAGUACAUUGGGUUAUUAUUUAAUUAUUAUUUUUACUCUUUUAAAAAACUUAUUUUUACAAGCAAACCCUUGAGUGAUCACUAGUAUAUAGAACUAGCAUCGAUAGUCGAGUUAAUCGAUACAGGAACUUCCUACUUGUCAAAAAAUUUUGCCCCAUGGAUUCCUAUGCCUGGUCAUAUGUAUUGUAUGGACUGACGUUUAUCUGACAUGGCUAUUUGUACGUUACGUACAAAUAGCCAUACAUUUGACGUGCCCUUCUCCGCAAAAAUCGGCAGACUGUUUUGCACAGACAAUUAUAUACAAGGCGUCUCCAGUUGUUAGAUGCUCCAAGAAUUUUACCCACCUUUUGUCAUCGUUUGUACCUUUAACACGUACUUAAUACGUUACAUUUUUGUUAAUAAAACUGUGUGUGUCCUUGUUGCAUUCAGACUACAUAACAACGAAAAACGAUAUAUGACAUACAUACAUUACAUUACUACACAUUAUUUUAAUACAUUUGCGGAAAGUUUACAAAAAGUUGGAGAAAUUUUCGGAAGUAUCUGUAAAUUUUCAUUAGAUUUUUUAUUUAUUUUGGAAAUGGAGAAUUUCGUUCCCCAUACAUUUAUGUGAGAUUUUUUCGUAAAUUUCGCUAUUUUAGAAUUGGUAUUUUUUGUACUACAAUCGUGUACCGAACUAGGAGGCCUAUUCUGAUUUUUAUAACAGGUUAUAAAUUUGAUCUGGAUUGGAUCUGUCAGUAUCAAAAGAUCCAUUCCUUCGAUUCCACGUCACUUUUGACACCGACAGAUUAGAUCAAUAACUAGUCCGCUUUAUUGCUAACGUUUGUAUACGGGAUGUGUUCCCUGCGAUGUUCGUAACAGUUAGUUGUUUUUAGGUUUUUCCACCUAUAUCCUAAAUGCCGGGACAACGCGAGGAAGAAAAAAAAAAUCCUCCCACAAAUUAAAAAUAUUAUACCGAACAUUCUCCACACGUAUGAUUGUUAGAAAGUCGACACCGGCAUUGGCGAAUUCACCCUGUGCAAAUUGGCAGGGAGUAAAAGUCAACGCCGGCAUUGGCGAAUUCACCCUGUGCAAAUUGGCAGGGAGAAAAGUCAACACUGGCAUUGGCGGAUUCACCCUGUGCAAAUUGGCAGGGAGCAAAAGUCAACACUGGCAUUGGCGAAUUCAUCCUGUGCAAAUUGGCAGGGAGUAAAAGCCAGGAAAAAAAACUAAUCGAGAUCUAAUUCAUAAUCUGAAAGACAUAUUCUAUUUUAGUAUUUUUCACGUAGCUUGGGCACGGUGACAGCUGUAAUCUAAAUUAAAUAUUGAGUUUUAAGAUUAUAAAUUGUAUGGAGAUGCCAGCUCUCACCGUAUCCCAGCCAUGUGCUUUUUUUACAAAACUUAUGUGUAUGGAAGGUGUGUGAAAGAACUGUUGCAAAAGUGUCCAGCUGUCAGCUAUAAAUAAUAGUUCCAAAUCUCUCCAGAGUAGCGCUAGCGUAGCUAAGAACCCAGGGCGUUAUUGACGGAGUGAAGUGCGCUGUCUAUGAAUUGAUUUUUUUUUUCAAAUAUUCUAUGUAUUGUAGCGCCACCUAUUUAAAGUUUUUUGACGGACACUUUUUGGUACAUGAAGAUUGUAUUCCUUACCUCCACCUUCCAUACUUAUGUGAUAAAUUUACUGAAAUGUACGGUCGGUCUUUAAUUUCUUUGGACCACCGUCACUCUAACCAACUGAAGAAUAUUUUAUUCACAUAUGUUUCUAACUUUCUUCUUACUUUUAAUGGCUUAAAUAUUAAUUUUCAUACGCAAACGCCUGUGAUUAAACCGAAAUAAAAGAUGCUUUUGAAGCAUUGAUGCUAUGAAAUUCUAAAUCUAAAGUGAAUGGUUCCGAAAACUGUACUUUUCAUAAUUAGAACAGGUAUAAUCUUUAAAGUUAUAGAUAUCUGUAUAAAAUAACAUUAUUUAUUUAUAAAUUGUAUAUACAGAUGUCAAUCACAAUGAAAAAAUCAGCGAUGAUCAACUCUAGCCAACGUGGGAUUCGACCCCAAAUCUUUAUAUUGCCCUGCAUUAUCAAUCACGCGCGGCAAUCCAAAGAUGUGGAUUCGACUUCCACGUUGGCCAGAGUUGAUCAUCGCUGAUUUUUUCAUUGUGAUUCGACCGCAAAUCUAUAUAUUGCCCUGCAUUAUCAAUCACGCGCGGCAAUCCAAAGAUGUGGAUUCGACUUCCACGUUGGCCAGAGUUGAUCAUCGCUGAUUUUUUCAUUGUGAUUCGACCGCAAAUCUAUAUAUUGCCCUGCAUUAUCAAUCACGCGCGGCAAUCCAAAGAUGUGGAUUCGAGUUCCACGUUGCACGUUGGCCAGAGUUGAUCAUCGCUGAUUUUUUCAAUGUGAUUCGACCCCAAACCUUUAUAUUGCCCUGCAUUAUCAAUCACGCGCGGCAAUCCAAAGAUGUGGAUUCGACUUCCACGUUGGCCAGAGUUGAUCAUCGCUGAUUUUUUCAUUGUGAUUCGACCGCAAAUCUAUAUAUUGCCCUGCAUUAUCAAUCACGCGCGGCAAUCCAAAGAUGUGGAUUCGAGUUCCACGUUGCACGUUGGCCAGAGUUGAUCAUCGCUGAUUUUUUCAAUGUGAUUCGACCCCAAACCUUUAUAUUGCCCUGCAUUAUCAAUCACGCGCGGCAAUCCAAAGAUGUGGAUUCGACUCCCACGUUGGCCAGAGUUGAUCAUCUUUGAUUUUUUCAUUGUGAGUUGAUCAUAGUUGAUCAUUGUGAUUGUCACCUGUGUAUACAAUUUAUAGAUUGUAAUGUGGUAUGUUCCACAAAAAAGGAAAAAUAUUAACAUUAUUUAUUUACUAAAUAUUACUAAAUAAUAAAUUUAUUAUUUUAUUUACUAUUUAGGUCAUAAAGUUCGUUAUUUAUGUAGUUCUUUCAAUAUUAGUGUAAAGUUAUAUGUUCCGUCCUUUAGAAAUUAUUGUCAUUAAAAUUGUUAGUAUUACAUAUAAUACAUAAUUAUAAUCAAAUAUUCGCUAAAUUUUAAGCAUAUUAUAUUUUAUAUUAUAACGAGGCACAUGAAACAUUUUUAAGCCUACAGAUACAGUCAAGGUAAUAAAUAUCGACACGGCCAAAGUGCCAAAAAUAUGUAUACACGACCUUAUUGCCUAUACAUUAAAGCAGUGUGUACAUAUUUUUGGCACUUUGUCCGUUUCGAUAUUUAAUACCUUGAGUGGAUAUGAUUUUGAACAUUUUUGCGACACAGAUCCUUUUGGCAUAGUUUAAAUAUGGCAUAUUUAUUUAUUUUUUAUUUAGUUAUUGCAGCUGAUGGUGAGAAAACUACCAUACUAUGUAGCAUCAAAAAUAUCUUAUCAAACAACGCUUCAAAAGUAACAGUUCUGUAACAGCUUAUCAAAAAGUGAUAAUUCUAUAUGUAGAACAAUUUAGACUCUAAAAGAUAUACUUUUGGACGUGAAUAUUAGAGAUUUAUCUACAUUUCGAAAAUUUAUCCGAAUUAUCAGAUACUUUUGGUGCGUUGUUUCAUCCGCUACUUUUUGCUGACUGUACCAUCAUUAACUUGAAUAUCUUUGUUUAGGCGUAACCAUUAUUUAAACGACGCAGUUCCGAGGGAAGAUAUUUUCAUAGCAGAGAGAAAUGAAUCACACAAAAAAAAAAAA